GGGAGACUGGGGAGGUGGGCACUCAGGAGUGGUGCCGACCCGGAGUCUAGGCGACGGGGCGAGACGGAGCCGGUAGGUGGCAGGAGAGCGCCGGGUCGGAGCCGGAGCGAGGGCCAGGCCCGGACGCCCCCACCCUGGCGUACCCGCCCCGGUCGCGCUCGCGGCUGAGGAGGCGGAGGAUGAUCUCCAGAUACACUCGGAAAGCUGUGCCGCAGAGCUUGGAGCUGAAAGGAAUUACCAAACCUGCUCUUAAUCAUCAUCCUCUUCCAGAGAAAGUGGAUGAAGUCUCCUCUCCCAAUGACAGCCAUGAAAAGGAUACAAGUUCUCAAAGUGAGUCUGACAUCACCCAAGAAUCACCUUAUACAUCAACCGACACUGGGAAUUCAAGGUCUGCUUUUCCAAGUUAUACAGGCACAGAAGGCAGCUCAGACUUCUCCUGGGGAUAUGGUGAACUUGACCAAAAUGCCACUGAAAAAGUGCAGGCAAUGUUUAUGGCUAUUGAUGAGCUCCUGUAUGAGAAGAAGUCGAGUUUGCAUACCGUGAGCCUACAGGAAGAAUGCCAACAGUGGACUUCUAGCUUUCCUCACCUCAGGAUUCUGGGUAGGCAAAUAAUCACUCCAAGUGAAGGGUAUGGAUUGUAUCCUAGAUCUCCUUCCACUGUUUCAGCUUUACAUGAAGCAGCCUUGUCUCAAGAAAGAGAUUCUGCUUUAUUUGGUAUAAGGGGAAAGAAGGUACAUCUUUCAUCUUCUUAUGCUCAUAAAGCACAUUCUAUUGCCAAAUCCCCUGGUUUGUGUGAUAUGGAAAGAGAAGAGGAAGACUGUAUAAUCUCAGAAGGAAUCAUCGAGGAAUACCUAGCUUUUGACCACACAGAUUCGGAAGAGGAAUUUCAUGGAAACAAAUCAGAAGCAGCUAUAGACAAGCAGAAAUUAGGGUACCCUCCCAUUGCUCCAUUUUACUGCAUGAAAGAAGAUGUUCUUGCUUAUGUUUUUGACAAUGUGUGGAGCAAGGUUAUAGAAUGUAUGGAGCAAUUGACACGUAGUCACUGGGAAGGAUUUGCUUCUGAUGAUGAGAGUAAUGCUGCAGUUACGAGACCGGAUUCAGAAAGUCCUCAUGAGCUAAAUGAACCACAUCCUUUGGUGUUGCCUCGAGUGCCACAGUCUAAGAUGUUGUCCGUCACCUCAAGCCCGAUGAAUUUCUGUCAAGCAAGUGUUCAUCAGUCAAAUAUGAAUGGUCUCUUGGUUCAUGGGAUGCCUCUACAGCCAAGAAACCUCUCCCUAAUGGACAAGCUCCUUGAUCUUGAUGACAAGCUACUUAUGAGGCCCGGGUCCAGUACCAUCCUUUCAACUCGAAAUUGGCCAAAUCGAGCUUCGGACCUUAGUACAUCAUCUCUGUUAUAUACAGUGCAGUCCGCCAGGAGACGUAACCCCCCACCACGUACCCUUCACCCAAUCAACACGAGCCAUUCACGCACUGGAACACCAAGACCUGUGGAAGAAAUCCUCAGAGGAUCCCAAGUACCAGUGGCAGUCGACUCACUCUCCUCUCCCUCACCAAUACCCUUGGGUCGAAAUAACCUGCUACCACCUAUUGGCACAGCUGAAGUGGACCAUCUGCAUACCAUGGGGCCACCAAGGCAAAUGAAGUCUCAUGGCGAUUCUAGUCGAGCUCGAAGUGCAGUGAAUGAGCCCAAAUACCAGCAGCCAAAGGAAAGGCUCCUGUUACCUGACUUCUUCUCCAGGCCCAACACAACUCAGUCAUUUUUGGUCCUCAGUUCCAUGGGUCUACAAAAUCCCAAAGCAGGGGUGGACCAAUCUCUAGAACGAAGCAGGGACUAUAGGUCAAAUGAGAAGAACCCAUUAGGUUGCAGCAAACACAAGAGAAGACUUCAUGAAUCAGUGUUCAAUCAUCACAUGAUACAGAGUUUGUACUAGAUCAACACACACCCACCUUCCUGAAGAGUUAUUCUGAUACAACUGAUGGGAAAAACACAAGAGUAUCCACCAAAGACUGCAUGGGUACUGUUUCUGCCUCCAGUUAUGUCUUCUUUCAGCAUAAGUCAACCUCUUCCAAUGGACAGUGAAGAUUGUACCCAAAGAUGUAACAAUGAAUAAUUAUGCCCAAAUCACUACUCAUGUUGUCUGUUAACAAUAAUCAGUUCGAUUAUUAUAGGAUCCCGAAAGGAUUUAUACACAAAAAGCAA